AUGCUACCAUUGCGACUUCUUGCGGCGGCAGGCUUUCUGGCCGUGGCCAUGGCGCACGGCGACCACUCUCCCAGCAAAAAGCCCGAGGUUGGCGAAGACGCAGACUGGAUCACAAGGCACAUGGCAGAGGAACACCACAUUGCCGACUUUGACGGCGACUCCUUCUUCACGCUGCACGAUUUUGACGGCGACAGCUUCUGGACGCCCUCCGAGAUCGAGCGGACCUACGGCCUCAACGACGCAUCCAACGACGGCCUGGCGCCCGAAAAGCGCGCGGCCGUGGCACCCGCCGUGCUGGCACUCUUUGACACGGACGGCGACGGCCGCAUCAGCCGGUCCGAGUGGUGCAAGGGAUUCAUCGAGGACGGCAAGACGCUGCCAGACCUCGGCACGGGCCCCGGCCACCACGGCGACGACGAGUACGAGUACGAGAUCCACCACUGGGAGAAGUACCACGACGAGAACACAAAGAUCGAGGACCUGACGCACCCCGAAGACAUUGAGCACUUCAAGUACCACGAGGAGCUCGCAGCCAAAGAGGAGGCCGAGGAGGAGGCACGGCGGGCGCGGGAGGCGCUGGCCAUUGUCUGGAACAAUGUGCCGACAAUGUUCCGGAAAGCGCGGACGCAGACGUAG